AGUCUUGCAGCAAGAGUGGAAGUUGAACCUGGACCAAAUUACGGAAAAACUACCCGCUGAAAACUAUCUGCUCUGUGCGAAAACAGACAAUAUUCAUUACUUUUGCCGGCGGCAUUGUUUCGAAUGAUCACUUUAGGGAUUCGUUUAGAGUAAUGACAAUGUUGGGUAUGUAUGUGCCAGAUAGAUUUUCUUUGAAAUCAUCUAAGGUCCAAGAUGGAAUCGGGCUUUACACGGCGAGACGAGUGAAAAAGGGGGAAAAGUUUGGCCCUUUCGCUGGAGAAAAGAAACUGCAGAGUGAGCUGGAUGAGAGCACGGACACCAGACUGAUGUGGGAGGUCCGAGGUAGUAAAGGCGAUGUGCUCUAUGUUUUGGAUGCCAGUAACCCUCGCCAUGCCAACUGGCUGCGUUUUGUCCACCAGGCGCCAUCGCAAGAAGAGAAGAACCUGGCAGCCAUCCAGGACGGAGAGAAUAUCUUCUACCUGGCAGUGGACGACAUUGAGACAGACACAGAAAUGCUGAUAGGCUACCUGGACAGUGAUAUGGAGGAAGAGGAAGAGGAUGAGGAAGAGGAAAUCAUCAAAGAGGAAGAUGAAGACAGCAAAGAGGCCAAACAUCUUAUUGAAAUGGAACUGGUGAUCAAGAAGGAGGACCACCCGUGCCUGCUGUGUGAGAGUAGCUUCCCUAGCGAGGAGAUCCUAGCAGCCCACCUCCAGAGCCUGCACCAGAGACCAAUCACAGAGGAGAAAGAGUACAAGUGCAGGAACUGUGGCAAGAAGUUCCCCAUCAAACAAGCCUUGCAGCGCCAUGUUCUGCACUGUGCUGAGACCCUGGGUCAUUCAGGAGACUCCUCCAGAGGCCACCACCAGUGUUCCCUCUGCCACAUCACCUUCAGCUCAGAGUCCAGUUAUGACCAGCACAAGGAGGCGUGUAGAGGAGACGCCAGGUUCAUCUGUAAGGCUGAGAGCUGUGGGAAGAGGUUCAAGAGCAAAGACGCUCUGAAGAAACACAAAGGGAACGUCCACACAGGAAGUUCCAGGCGGAAGCUUAUGUGCACCAUCUGCAACAGGAAAUGCUCCUCCUUACUGAAUCUCCAGGAACAUCGUAAGGUACACGAGAUAUUUGACUGUACUGCCUGCGAUAAGAAAUUCAUCUCUACCAAUCAGCUCAAGCGCCACAUGAUCACUCACUCAGAGAAACGUCCGUACACCUGUGAGAUCUGCAGUCGUUCGUUUAAGCGUCUGGACCAGGUGACGGCCCAUAAGAUCAUCCACAGCGAAGACAAGCCCUACAAGUGUAAGCUGUGUGGGAAGGAGUUUGCCCACCGGAAUGUCUACAAGAAUCACAAGAAGACUCACUCAGAGGAAAGACCCUUCCAGUGUGAGGAGUGCAAAGCCCUGUUCCGCACCCCCUUCUCUUUACAGCGCCACCUACUCAUCCACAACAGUGAGAGGACAUUCAAGUGUGACCAGUGUGACGCCACGUUCAAGAGAAAAGACACGCUCAACGUGCACAUCCAGGUGGUGCACGACGGACACAAGAAGUACAAAUGUGACCUGUGUGAGAAGGCCUUCGUCACCCCCUCUGUUCUCAAGAGCCACAAGAAGACGCACACAGGGGAAAAGGAGAAGAUCUGCCCAUACUGCGGACAGAAGUUUGCCAGCAACGGCACUUUGAGGGUCCACAUCCGCAGCCAUACAGGUGAGCGGCCAUACCAGUGUCCUUACUGUGACAAAGCAUUCAGCAAGAAUGAUGGACUGAAGAUGCACAUUCGCACACACACUCGGGAGAAGCCAUAUAAAUGCAGUGAAUGUAACAAGGCCUUCAGUCAGAAGAGAGGUCUGGACGAACACAUGAGGACCCACACCGGAGAGAAACCCUUCCAGUGUGAUGUGUGUGAUCUGUCGUUCAGUCUGAAGAAGAUGCUGAGCAGGCACAAGCUGACCCACAACCCCAACAGGCCCAUGGCAGAAUGCUCGCUGUGCCAUAAGAAGUUCACCAGGAAUGACUACCUCAAAGUGCACAUGGAGAAUGUUCACGGGGAGACAGAGGGCUAGAACCCAUCUACUGUAUAUGAUACUACUGAAGAUAAACUACAGUGAGCUCCAAAAGUAUUGGCACAUUGACACAUUUGUGGGUUUUUGGUUCUGUACUCCAGCUCUUUGGAUUUGA